UUUUAAAGUUAUUGAAAAGGCUUAGAGGUUGGUUUGAAGUCACAUAGUUUCACCGAGUCUGCAGAGUUGUUAGGCGGACCAUACUGAGCUGAGAUUAGACCCAGUGGAACGAAGCUAGCUAAAAACUAGAUAGAAAAUUGGGUUAGCACUUGUGUUUAUGUGCCUCUUUAUGCUUAACAUAGCUUUUCUUUGCCUGUUUAAAAAGUACAUAUCACGAUGUUCAUGCUGUAUUGUACCAAAAUGAAUGCAUAUGCGUAAUGCAUACAUUUAAAGCGUUUUGAGCAAUGUAGAAUCAUGACAAAGCCUUAAUGGAGCAUCCUGGAGAGAAGUAGCUAACCCAGACACAGUACCUGUAAAAGGAUUCAUACUCUGAACUUCACAUUUUGUCACAUUAGAGCCAGAAGCCUCGCUGGAUUUUAUUGGGAUUUUUUGUGAUAGGCCAGACAAAGUAGUGCAUAGUUGUAAUGUAGAAGAAAAAUUAUGCCUUGUGUUCAGUUUGCAAGUGUUUUGAGUUAUGUCUUAACCAGCUUUUUAUGUUUAGAGACCCAAUGUUUGACUCUUUCUUCUUUUCGAAAUGGAUCAAGCUCUGUCAGUUUUAAUGGAAAACCUCUAUGAACAUCAACUUUCAAGUUUUGUCACAGAUUUUUAUCAGAAUUUAGGUUUGGACUUUAACUAGGACAUUCUAACGCAUAUAUAUGCUUUGAUUUAAACCAUGAUUCAUUGUUGUGCUGGAAGGUGGACCUCCUGUCCAGUCUCAAGUAAUUUCCACCCUUCAACAAAAGACCUCCGCUUCCCUGUGUCUGCUGAAGUAAAGCAGCCCCACAGCAUGCUGCUACCACCACCGUGUUUCAUUGUGCAUGGCCAUCCCCAUAGCCAUCUUAGACUGCGAUCUUCUUCUGCACGGACGAGGCCAUAAGACUCUGGAGCGCUUUGACCUGGACACCGUUUCAAACAGCGUUCUCCUCUCAAACUUUGGGUUUCCAAGAGACUUCAUCCUGUAUCUGGUGGAAUUACUCAGAGAGACUCUUUCCAGGAGAACCCUGAGAUCCAGAGCAAUCAGUCCUGAGGUUCAGGUGUUGGCAGCGUUGGGCUUCUAUACAUCUGGCUCAUUCCAGACGUCCAUGGGGGAUAUAAUAGGGAUCAGCCAGGCGUCCAUGUCCAGAUGUGUGACCAAUGUGACUAAAGCUCUGGUGGAGAAAGCUCCACAGUUCAUCACUUUCAAUAAAGACCCGUCCAACAGAGAGUACUCCUUCCAGGAGUUUCAGAGGGUGGCAGGAUUUCCAGCAGUCCUGGGCGUUCUCGACUGUGUUCAGGUGGCCAUCAAAGCCCCGAACAGCGACGCCUCCUCUUACGUGAACAAGAAGGGCUUUCACUCUAUAGCCUGCCAGCUGGUCUGUAACGCCCGGGGGCUUUUACUCAGCGCUGAAACGUGGCCCGGCGGCCUGCAGGACACCAAGAUUCUGCAGAGGUCAGCCAUUUCCAAACAGCUGCAGGACAACGAGGAGGGCUGGCUGCUGGGCGAUGGACGUUAUCCUUUGAAGAAGUGGCUGAUGACACCAGUGGAGAGCCCAGGAACAGCUGCAGAGUUUCAGUAUAACCUGGCCCACACCGUGACGCAUGAGAUAGUGGACAGAACUUUCAGGGCCAUUCAGACCAGAUUCAGAUGUUUAGACGGCAUCAAAGGGAACCUGCAGUAUUCUCCUGAGAGGAGCUCGUCCAUCCUCCUGGCCUGCUGCGUUCUGCACAACGCCUCCCUGCAUUCCGGCCUGGACGCCUGGACUCUGGAGAGGACAGAGCCACUGGAGCAGCCCAAGGGGCCUGAGCAGACGCUGGAGGACCGGGACAGCGAGGCGGAGGAGCUCCGGAAACACAUCAUACUGAAACACUUCAGCUAGAGACUCCACAGAGGACAGAGACCAGAAAAAGACUGGAUGGAUGGAUCAAUCAAUGAAUGGAUAGAUGAAUGAUUGGAUGGAUGGCUCAAUGGAUAGAUGGAUGAAUGAUUGGAUGAAUGGUAAGUAGACAUCAUGGAUGGAUGAUGGAUGGAUAAAUGGAUGGAUGGAUGGAAGGAAAACAGACAAAUUAUGGAUGAAUCUCUCUCCAUUCUUUUGUGUUAGACACAGAGGGGAAUGAAGUCCACAGGCACAGAGUUGCUGAUGCAGAUUUUUAAUAUUUUGCUCAUUUCUACUCUACUGACUACACUACGAUAACAUAGAUAUAUAUAUGUAUAUAUAUGUGGAGGAACAUGCAGGACGCUAUACAACAAACAGAGACAACAACACAUCCAAACACAUUUCAAACAGCCUGGCGCCCCCUAGAGGCUCCUGACUGCUUUCUCAGGACAUUCAGGUAACUUUGCAAUAAUCAAUCGCUUCCUGGAGUUUUUAGACUAAUCAAACUGUGUGUAGUUGCCUUGUCAUCUCAGUUAAUUACAAAUGGACCCCGCCCCCCAACCCCUAAAUCAUAAUUUCUUUUAUUUUGAUGCCCCUCACUCCCUUUUGUUUUCUUCCCCACAGGACGUUCCACAGGCUAAAAUCUGGGAUUAUGACAGUACAAAAACAAGGCCCACUAUUUACAACAACUAUGCUGGAAGUUGUUAUUAAUUAUGUACAUUUGAUAUUUGGUCCCAGACAAAUAAGAGAGAGAAAGAGAAAGAGACAGAGAGUGGAUCUGGCUGCAGUCACAUAAUGCGUUUCUGUUCAUUUCCAAUGACAAAAUGGAGACAAAAUCAAUGAACUAGACGGAAGAAAAGAAAGGAGGAAACCCGUGAUGAAGUGAAAUGCGUUAUACACAGCUUUUGGAAUAAAAUGACUUGUUUGGGGUUUUCAGAACAGCAUUGUGUUAUAGAUAGUGGUGAUGAAAUCUUCAGAUUUCUUUAUAGUGUUCAAUCAAACUGAAAUUAGUGGUGCUUUUUCUCCUGGAAUGCUUCUUCAAUAUUUACACACUUUCUACAAGCAAUCAAUAAAUACAACAAACACUG